GGCACGCAAUCGCCAUCGCAAUCGCCGUCGCGCCAUGGAGCAAUCUAAGUCGAUUUCGAUGUGCACCCCGAAUUCGGUGCAAGUCACCCACGUGUUCGACAUCUUCGGUUACAGCAAGCACAGGGGCAUGGGCAACGAGAAGUUCAUCAGGUCCGGUACUUUCUCCGUCGGCGGCCACGACUGGUCCAUCCGCUUCUACCCAGACGGGUACAACACGGAAAAAGUCGAAAAGGAUUAUGUUUCAGUUUAUCUCGAGCUCAUGAGCAAGGGAGCCAAGGUGCGGGGGUCCUGCGACCUGCGGUUGGUCGACCACAGCACCGGAAUAUCGGCUUCAGUGCACAAGACAGAGCUGAGGACCUUUGAUCCGGCUGACCUCAGUAAGUUUGCUCCACAGACUAGUAAUUUCAAAAGGAGAGAGGAUGUUGAGUCUGCAUUCCUCGCGAACGAUCGCCUCACGAUCGAAUGCAUUGUCAUUGUUAUCAAAGAGCCAUGCGUGACUGAAUCCAAACCGUUCCCCAAAAUCGAGGUGCCGGUGCCACCCUCCGACAUCGCCAAGCAUCUCGGCAAGCUUCUGAAAGACGACGAGGGAUUCGAUGUCACUUUCUGUGUUCGAAGAAAGACCAUCGGUGCUCACAGGUCCAUACUCGCCGCCCGGUCACCUGUCUUCAAAGCGGAGCUCUUUGGGCCGAUGAGGGAGGCGAAGACACCGCGGCGUGUUACCAUCAAAGACAUGCAACCUGAUGUUUUCACUGCCCUGCUCCAUUUCAUAUAUACCGAUUCUUUGCCCGAUGGUGAUAAGAAUACUGAUAUGAUCCGGCAUUUACUGGUGGCUGCAGACAGAUAUGCCAUGGAGAGGCUCAAGCUGGCUUGCCAAAGUAUCCUUUGCGAGAAUCUGAACGUGGACACCGUGGCAACCACAUGGGCUUUGGCUGACCAGCAUAGCUGCGACAAGCUUAGGGAUGCUUGCCUUGAAUACAUCGCUUAUUCGAAUGCCAUGGAUGCUGUGGUGGAAACCCCAGGCUAUAAGAAUCUCAAAGUGACUGACCCGUCUCUCAUAGUGGAUCUGUUGGAGAGGACAACAAAGGUUCGCAAUGCAUGACUUGUUUUGCCUGACCUAUAUA